CGCUCCGUUGUAUGGGGACUCCCUGUCCAGCUCAAGAGGGAACAAUGAUCCCGUCCAUGCUCUUUUCUCUCCCCUGAUUCUUCUGGACCGUCCAGUGACGUUCUUUCCUCCUCCCGCCACUUCCCCCCCUCUCCGCCCCCUCGCCGCGCCAUACUCCUACUCAUGCUUAUUGGUGACGAUUUGCAGUUCGCGCCAGCUCUCUCGAUGGUGCUAGCUUUCUCCUCAUAGCCAGCCAUGUCCAUAUUCCAAUCAGCCACCUCCGCCGUCUCAGCUUCGAUAUCCGCCGCCCAGUCCCUGAACACUACGACACCGCCGGUCGCCUCUCAGUCCCUGUUGUCCUCCUCAUCGAGCGAACUGCUCUCCCUUCCACUCCGUGGCCUGCACCGAGCAGAGGCAUUUGCGUUUUCGACCUUGCCUACACAGAUCGCUAGAAUAGUUGGGUUGCAGGAUAUGGCGACGCGUUUCUGGGGGACAGCUCCCGGUACCGGGCUGGAAGGUGAUGCGGUGGUACUGGCAACGCAGACAGCAGCCGAGGUUGCCAGAGAGGGUGUGGUAGAAGCCGCUGCCCAAGCCGAAUCUGGCCUUCAUUUCUCCGAUAUAUUGCAAGCGUUUGUGAAAUUCAGUGGUUUCUUCUCCUACCUGACGAGUCGGUGGUCUUUGGCAUGCUUCACGGUGGCUCUCAUUCUCAAUAGGAUUACCAUCUAUGCUUCCACGCGACGGCACCUCAACUUAAACUGGACCCGGCGGUUGGCUCUACGCAUCGUUCCCAUUGUCCUAUUUAUCACACAAAUCCACUCUCUUCUUCGAGCUAUUCGAUGCCAGACCUCCCCGGAGUACUCCCUUAUUCGCUACGGCACGCCAGGAAAGGGCUUCAUGUUCGAUUACUCUGGAGGUGGAGGCUUCCUGUAUUCCCUCAGUUCCGCCCUCCUGCCGUGGGAGACAGACGAGCAGUCUUGCAGCGCGGUGCAUAUGGCACGUCCUGUUAAUGCAUCAGACAUCUCGUACGGCUCUUUCCAGUUGUUAUGGCCAGUUUUCAUACGCCUUUGCCUUAGUCACUUCGUGGAAACCCUAUCUUGCGCGUUACAGGGAAGAGCGGUUGUCACGGAAGCCGGGAUGUCUAUUUUCGAGCAUUCACUAGCAUUUGCUGAGGCGGAGUCCACUAUCAGCCAUUCCCUUGGUCUUGGUAUGUUUGGACUAUCAAAGCAAGGUGCUGGGAAAGAUAUUCCUGGAGAGAGUGGACAGGCCACCUUUCAAUUACUCAGUCGAGGGCAGGCUCUAGAGCGAAUGAAUGUGACACCUGAGCUGCUACUGAUUGCGAUGAUAUCUUGUUGCAACAGUUUAACAUCAAAUGCUCUCGACGUCUUUGGCAAACAGAGCCGUUAUAGACUUGUGAACACCGCAUUUUGGGGCCUCUGUUUCAUGUCUGCGAUGGCAUGGGGCCUGUUCAGCGGUUCGGCAAUCGGGAGCGACAAUGUUGCUCUCAAGUUUCCGACUGUCUGCAUUGUGGGAUUUGUUCCUCACCUAGUCAUCCUGCUAGGAAUCAUUGUUUGUGCCAUUAUUUACGCCCUUGCCUUGGUUAUUACGGCAUUCUCGCUACCGACAGAAGGUCCAGGAAGUUUGACUCUUCGGGAAAAACUUUCCUUGGCCCAUGAGAACAUGCAAGGUGCCAACCAAAUUCACAGUAUUCGCAUCAAUUGGCACGAUGACUUCUACACCACACUGCUUAGAAUCGGGUACACCGCCUUGACGGCAGCUAGCGAGGCAGUGUUUCUCAAUGAGGGCAGGGGGGUGGUUGCACGGAGAAUGACCUGGUUGGAGCAGGAUAGACUGACGGAAUUCGAGUCGCUCCGGCGCAAGCCAUCGUCCUGGCAACGCCACGGCGAACGCUCCGAAGAUGUACAGUUUGUCAAUGAAGAGUUGAUGGACUUUGAUAUUCCCGAGGCGUCUCCGGAUUGGGAAAGCGGGUAUUUGCGGGAGAAGAAGAUUGAAAAGCCCAAGAAUGGCUCGAAGUCCGUUCGAACCCACACAGAUCCGGGCGGCGUUGGUGCAUUCAGAGGUGUUGUUCGAUGCUACCACGGAUUUGCUUUCUUUCGCGGCAUAUUUUACCUCGUGCUCAAGUGGACCGCCUACGGACUUAACGGAAUAUUAGGCCGGAUUGGUGUCAAAGCCCGCCCACAGUGGUUGAAAGCCAUGAUAGGGUCUGACAGGGAGACAUCGCAGGGGAAGGGGAAGAUUAACGGCUCGGGGCCAUUAGACUUUUGGAUACUCACCGACGAGGGAGUUCUGGAGCUCCCGGAUAACCAUGAAUUCGAUGUAGAGAAGGAGAUGAGAAAGAGGGAACGCAUUCAAGCGUCUCAGUGGGAGGAGUCGGAUGAACGUCGGCUCGACGACAAGCUCUACGGUUGGUGGAAAGCUGGUGGCUCGUGGGGGGAGCAAGACCAGAGCACUGAUUAUGCUCCGCCUGUCGAUGACUGGGAUACUACGAGCGUUGUUUCCAUGUCGACAUCAACGGGUGAUUCUGAGUGGGAGGGCUAUGAAUCAGACGGCCGUCGGACUCCCACUCAAAAAGAUCCUUUCCCCGGACGUUUCUCCCGGGAAAGCACUCCCGUUCACGAGUCCCUAGUCGAUAUUGGCUCCUUUGCGCGCCUUCUGGACCCUCGCGAUCAAGAGAGCAGACAAGAAGCACGAAUCUUGGCCGCGCAUCUUGCAGCUGGCCGAGACGGCCGAAUACUGACUCGCCGUCAGUUCCAACAGCAAGUUGAACGCGAGAGGGCACAGGUUCUCCUCACAUCACGGCUAGCACGGCUUGACAAGAAGAGUAGAGGUGACGAAAAGCGGAAACCUACUGCGGAAGCCGAAUCCGAGAUCCUCGAGAAGCUGAUUCUCUCGCGAAGAUCCGAAAUGUCUGGCGCCGCCGGAGACGAACAGACGUGGGAAUCCGGUGCCUCCGGUCUUGGGCCCAGUGGACCGCCUUGUGUCAUCUGUCAAACCAGCCCACGGUCUAUCAUCACUUGGCCUUGCCGGUGUCUGUGCAUCUGUGAAGACUGCCGUGUCAGUCUGGCGAUGAAUAACUUUGGAAGCUGUGUCACGUGUCGUCAAGAGGUUGGAGGGUUUGUACGGUUAUGGGUCCCAUAGGCCAUCUUCACUUGUUGUGUUCUCCACUUUACUUUCUUCCUUUCUCACGUUGCUUCUUCUCAAAUUCUUUUACUUUUUCCUACUGCCAUGGUGGGAUGUUCAUUGUGGUUAGCAUCCUUGGCAUAAUGUCAAUAAGCGGGACUAGAUAGAGUGCAUGCACUCUUCAUUAUAUGACAGUAUAUUGUAUAGUUGGUUGUUUGAUGAUGUCCUGUAAGGGAAUCCAGCAUUGUUACCCUAAUAAAUCCAUACAAUACGAAAG